AUGUCCUACGACAACGGCGCAAGGGUGGAGAGGAAAGGAGCGUACAUGCUUCUUUGGUCGACUUCUGCUGAGUUCCUAUACCACUGGGGUAUAUUGAUUGCUACGAGCGAGACUGGGGGCACGCUUUUUCAUCAGACUUACAACAAAGAGAUGUGGAACCUAGCCGUGGAGAUCAGAAAUAUCACCAGGUCCCGAAGCCUUCUCUGUGCCUUGAAGUUGGGCGAUGUCGAAGACUGCUCCGGUACCUGGAUGAAUGCUAUUGAGGCAUGUUUGCGUCAAACUAAAGUGGAGGGCGACUUUACCUGUCGCACCUGGGCGUUAGCUGCGGCCUUUGAAUUAGCGGAUGGAGGCUUUAUUGGCAUGGAGCCCUCAUGGGAUAGGAUUGGUAAGAUAGAGACAGAAGCGAAGUUUUUGGCUGGUGAUUCAUGGCAAUCUGGAACAGUACAUGUUGAGGCCAGCGCGCAAAAACGUGCUUGA